GCAGCCUGGGGCCUAGGCCUGAGCCGCCAUGGCGCUGUGCCCAGGCCCAGCUACCCUCCCGCACACACUGCUGCUCCUGCCAGCCCUUCUGAGCUCAGGUUGGGGGGAAUUGGCACCAGAAAUUGAUGGUCAGACCCGGGCCGAGCUGGCACUUCGGGAGAACGAGCGGCACGCCUUCACCUGCCGCGUGGCAGGGGGGCCUGGAACCCCCCGAUUGGCCUGGUACCUGGACGGACAGCUGCAGGAGGCCAGCACCUCGAGACUGCUGAGCGUGGGCGGGGAGGCCUUCACUGGAGGCACCAGCACCUUCACUGUUACUGCCCAGAGGGCCCAGCAUGAGCUUAACUGCUCCUUGCAGGACCCCGGCAGUGGCCGGUCAGCGAAUGCCUCCAUCAUCCUCAACGUGCAAUUUAAACCAGAGAUUGCCCAGGUCGGGGCCAAGUACCAGGAAGCUCAGGGGCCAGGCCUCCUGGUUGUCCUUUUUGCCCUGGUGCGGGCCAACCCACCUGCCAAUGUGACCUGGAUCGACCAGGAUGGGCCGGUGACUGUCAACGCCUCCGACUUCCUGGUGCUGGAUGCCCAGAACUACCCUUGGCUCACCAACCACACUGUGCAGCUGCAGCUCCGCAGCCUGGCACACAACCUCUCCGUGGUGGCCACCAACGACGUGGGUGUCACCAGCGCCUCGCUUCCGGCCCCGGGGCUUCUGGCCACCCGAGUGGAAGUGCCGCUGCUGGGCAUCGUUGUGGCUGGAGGGCUUGCCCUGGGCACCCUGGUGGGGUUCAGCACCUUGGUGGCCUGCCUGGUCUGCAGGAAAGAGAAGAAGACCAAAGGCCCCUCCCGGCGCCCAUCCCUGAUCUCUAGUGACUCCAACAACCUGAAACUCAACAAUGUGCGCCUGCCACGGGAGAACAUGUCCCUCCCGUCCAACCUUCAGCUCAAUGACCUCACUCCGGAUUCCAGAGCAGGGAAACCAGCAGACCGGCAGAUGGCUCCGAAUAACAGCCGGCCAGAGCUGCUGGACCCGGAGCCUGGUGGCCUCCUCACCAGCCGAGGUUUCAUCCGGCUCCCCAUGCUGGGCUAUAUCUAUCGAGUGUCCAGUGUGAGCAGUGAUGAGAUCUGGCUCUGAGCGGGGCGAGAUGGGGGGGUGCCCUCUUGGCUUCUGGGCCCCCUCCUCCUCCUCCAAGGCCACUGCUGCCUGGCCCCGUUGCCACUGGGAAGAGGUCAUGCCUCUGCUACUUUUGCUUGCCCUCCUGGCUGGGGUGCCCUCUGUGUCAUCCUCACGAUCUGACCCUCAGGGGCACAGGUAUCUUGGCAGAGCCACCAGCUGGAUCUCAGCCCCUUGUUCU